UGGGCCGUUAUCUGCUCCAAUUUAUAUGACUGCGGGUGGACUGCAACUGUGUCAGUCGUCUCCGGAACCGUUGCUAGAAUGAAGCUACUCACGUUGGUGGUGCUGCUGUUCUCAGCCAUCAUCGUCUGCCAGGCGGAAAAUCAAAAAUUCGACAAUUACAAACUAUACACACUCUACGUGGAAGAUGAUGAACAAGCAGAAGAGCUGCACAAGUGGUACAGCAGUGGAAACUUGGACUUCUGGAGCUACGGUAUGCUUAACGAAAGUGUCACGGUUAUGAUCAGCCCAGAGCUGCAGACAUACUUCGAGACAAUGGUCGAUGAAGUGCAGCUCGAGUCGGAACUGGUCGAAGAGAACGUACAGGCGCUGUUGGAUCACGAACAGGAACAGCGCAAUCUGCACAUUAUGAACAAGCGCCGCCGUCCACAGAAGGAACCGGCGAAACCAACCGUAACCGAAACCAUCGAUGAGGACGCUAUCGAUUUCGACCAUUUCUGGACGCUGGACGAGAUAUAUCAUUAUAUGGAUCGGUUGGAGAAGAGGUUCCCGAAUCUGGUGCGCGUUAUGACGAUCGGCAGAACAUAUGAGAACCGUUCGAUCAUGGCAAUCACUGUCUCGAGGGAUGGACAGAUCAAUCAUACACGGCCAGUAGUGUUUGUCGAUGCGGGCAUACAUGCGCGUGAAUGGGCCUCUCACAUGUCGGCAAUGUAUUUGAUCCAUCAGCUUGUUGAGAAUUUUGCAGAGAAUGAGGAUAUGUUGUAUUAUGCGGAUUGGAUCAUUGUUCCUGUGGUGAACCCGGACGGAUACGUGUACUCGUACGAGACGAACCGACUGUGGCGCAAGAAUCGCAAUGCGGACAACGUACUCUGCGCCGGUACGGAUGUUAACCGUAAUUUCCCAUUCCGCUGGAGUUACACAUCGCAUUCCUGCACGGAUGGUUUUGCCGGCAAAAUGCCCGGUUCGGAGAGGGAAACCCAAUCAAUGAUGCUACUGAUGUCCCAGUUUGCACGCAGCAUCAAGAUGUACCUUUCCGUGCAUAGCUGUGGCGAUUACAUCCUUUACCCGUACGGUUAUGCCUACCAACCGGCCGCGAAUGCGGAAGAUCUGUACGCGCUGGGAAUGAAAGCGGCCGAAGCCGUACAGAAGGUCGGCGGACCAGAGUAUGUUGUCGGUCAGGCAUCCGGAUUGCUGUACUUGGCUACCGGUAGCGAUGACUUCAUCUACGGUGCGUACGGUGUUGAGUAUGCGUACACGCUGGAGCUGUCCUGCGGUAACCGUGGGUACGGGUUCAUCAUUGAAUCGGAACAGAUCAAAACGAUUGCAGCCGAAACGUUCGAGAUGUUCAAGGUGUUUGGCCUGCAUGCCGGCAGUCAGAAGAUUAUCAAGCGUCCCUAAACGCAAACACUAAAGCUCCACAACCGGCUCUACAUUCCGCACACGUAAUCGCUAUCGAAUUUGAAUACCGCAAUAAAUAAACUGAGAGAUGCUCGUAUAUAGGCGAUGCUCGUGCAAAAAAAAACCAGUGUGAACGAAAAAAAAAUCUGCUUCCGAUAACGCUCAAUCUAGAUAAAUGCGACCAAUUUGCUAAAGAGCGUACGCGCUGCGUUCAUGUGACCAGUUCCGAACCGAAUGGUCAAUAUUGAUCCAAAACUGCGCGGUAGCUGUAAAGAAAUGAUUUCGUAUGGGUAUUCGUGCUUCCUGGGUGUUGAUAUAUUAUACCCAUGUAGCGGUUCACCAACAGCAGAAAGAAUCGUAACGGCGAAAGAUAAUGAUUGUCCGGAGAUAAGCGGACGGAUG